GUAGGUAAAUUUGAACCUGGCAAAUUAAUGAGGCUGGCGUCUGUGUGUUAUCCUGAAGUUUAGGAUUCAGAAAGAGGCAACGGAAAAAAGAUAAAACUAGGGCAUCAAAAGUCCCGAAGGCUUUGAGCACACAUUUUGCAUUCAUUAAUCGGAGAGAGAGUCUGAAGAGAGUGGGGGGAGGGAGAGACAAAUUCACAUUCACAAUUAGUUAAAUAAUGAUAACAGUGGGGAUAGCCAUCGUUAUGAACCUGUUAUUUAAAAGACAUAGGCUAAAAGUUUUAACCUUCACUGGAAUCUUUGCACGCUCGCGGUGUGGCAGCAUACUGUUGACAGCUCAUCGGCUUGUUAAAUGCACUGAUUAUCGUAGUUUUGAAAGGAGCUUGUGAGAGAACUCAUGUGAUCAUUACUGGUGAUAGCGAGUUUACUCUGGGUCCGGCUUCUUGCACGUGUUCGAAACCACGCAAGUUACACGCAUUUUUUUUUUACCAGGACUCGUAGAUCUUUGUUAUCUGGGGAUAUCGUCGAAGCGGGACAACACGGGAGUAAAGAUGCUCUUCCUACAAGCUAUUUUAAGGAGGAGGAUUCUCAAAGAUGACAGCCCUUACUCAAAGGGGAAUAAGGACCCGGCAGGGACAGACAACUCCCUCACCUCCCACAGACAGAGCAUCCCAGAAGAGCUGAGGGGGGUGACGCUGGUGGAGCUCCUGAAGAAGGAGGGAAGCACACUGGGCCUCACCAUCUCAGGAGGAACAGACAAGGACGGCAAGCCCAGAGUCUCCAACCUAAGGCCGGGCGGACUCGCUGCCAGGAGCGACCAGCUGAACGUGGGUGACUACAUCAAGUCAGUGAACGGCAUCAACCUGACGAAGCUGCGGCAUGAGGAGAUCAUCAGCCUGCUGAAGAACGUGGGCGAGCGGGUGGUGCUGGAGGUGGAGUACGAGCUGCCCCCAGCCGCACCAGACAGUACCUCAGGUGUUAUAUCCAAGACAAUCGAGAUAUGCUUGCAGAAGGAAGGCAACAGCUUUGGCUUUGUCAUGCGAGGAGGCUCGCACGAAGACUGGCACAAGUCGAGACCGCUGGUGGUGACAUACGUUCGCCCGGGAGGACCCGCCGACAGAGAGGGCACCCUGCGGGCGGGGGACCGGCUGAUGAGUGUAGACGGGGUGCCCCUGCACAGUGCCAGCCACAGUGAUGCCCUGACUGUCCUCCAGCAGUGUGGCCAGGAGGCGCUCUUCCACAUCGAGUAUGACGUCUCCAUCAUGGACACAGUCACAAAUGCGUCCGGUCCUCUGUUGGUGGAGAUUGCCAAGUCUCCAGGGGCGUCGCUAGGCAUCACGCUCACCACUGCCACUUACAGGAGCAAGCAGGUCAUUGUCAUCGACAAGAUUAAACCUGCCAGCGUCGUCGACAGGAGUGGGGCUCUCCACGUGGGCGAUCACAUCCUGUCCAUAGACGGCACGAGCACUGAGCACUGCUCAGUCUUGGAGGCCACACAGCUGCUGGCCAGCACCUCAGACCAGGCCAAGCUCGAGAUCCUACCUGCCCAUCACAACAGACUGCCCAACAAGGCAACUGACACUGUGAAGGUCCUGAAAAGUGACCAUCCUCACUCCUGGGAUCCAUGUGUGAACUACUGCCAUGCCCAGCACACUGGCAACUGCAAGACCUCCACGUGGAGCACCUCCAACAGCCAGGACUACUGUAAAUCUGUGGUGUCCACUAACUUCUCUCCCGGCUCCACCACCACCUCUGGGAUGACCAGCCAGACGUCCAGCACGCUGCCCCGCACCUCCCAGCCCCCCAUGAGUCCCCGCAACUCCAUGCUGAAGAGGAGGCAGAGGCAGAAGGACCACAAGAGCUCAUUGUCUCUGGCCUCGAGCUCGGUGGGUCCGGGCGGGCAGAUUGUGCACGUGGAGAGCAGUGAGGUGACUCUGAGCGGAGACCCUCUCAAUGGCUUCGGCGUGCAGCUGCAAGGAGGCAUCUUCGCCACGGAGACGCUCUCUGCACCUCCGCUCAUACGCUUUAUUGAACCUGACAGCUCCGCCGAGAGGUGUGGGCUGCUUCAGGUUGGCGACAGAGUGCUGUCCAUCAACAGCAUCCCGACUGAGGACGGAACACUGGAGGAGGCCAAUCAGCUGUUACGAGAUGCUGCUCUGGCCAAUAAGGUCACUCUGGAGGUGGAGUUUGAUGUUGCAGAGUCUGUGGUGCCAAGCAGCGGCACUUUCCACGUGAAGCUUCCAAAGAAGAGAGGAGUCGAGCUGGGCAUAACUAUAAGUGCGAAUAAGAAACCAGGUGACCCCUUGAUCAUAUCAGACAUUAAGAAAGGAAGUAUGGCUCACAGGACGGGGACGCUGGAGCCUGGAGACAAGCUGCUGGCCAUCGAUAACAUCCGUCUGGAGAGCUGCUCCAUGGAGGACGCCAUGCAGAUCCUGCAGCAGAGUGAGGACCUGGUCAAGCUCAAGAUCCGCAAGGACGAGGACAACUCUGACGAGCAGGAGACGUCGGGCUCGAUCAUCUACACGGUGGAGCUGAAGCGCUACGGGGGUCCGCUGGGCAUCACCAUCUCAGGAACAGAGGAGCCCUUUGACCCCAUCAUCAUAUCAGGGCUCACCAAGCGUGGCCUGGCUGAGAGGACCGGGGCGAUCCACGUGGGCGACCGUAUCCUUGCCAUCAACAGCGUGAGCCUGAAGGGGAAGCCCCUGAGCGAGGCCAUCCACCUUCUGCAGAUGGCCGGAGAGACCGUCACCCUCAAGAUCAAGAAGCAGAUUGACACGUCCGAGGAGAAAAAGCGGAGUGACGUGGAGACGGAGCUGAGCGACAAUGACAACGACAACGACGAAGACGAGAUGACAGACUCCCAGAAGACCAAUAAGCUGUCUGAGAUCUACUCCACCACCAUCCCCAGUGUCGAUUCAGCCAUGGAGUCGUGGGACGGCUCAGGCAUCGACGCUGGCUACGGCAGCCAAGGGACGUACGGGCACCAGGUGGCUGGCAUGGCUCUUCAUCCCCAUGAGUGGCGCAGUGCCAAGCAGAGAAACGCUUCACCCCCUCCUGCCCGCCGCUAUCCCUUCAGCGACGGAGGCUUCAGCGAAGAUGACUGGGACAAGCCCGCUGGGUUUAUGGGCCAGCCACAUGGCGAGGGCAUGGUUCUGGACCAGGAGGACCCGUUCUGGUGCCAAGCUCUGGAGGACCUGGAGACGUGCGGACAGUCGGAGCUGCUGAGGGAGAUUGAGGCCUCCAUAAUGACGGGCAGCGCUCUGAGCCUGGGCGUGGAUGGGCACAAACCCCCCCACGGCGAUCCACUCGGCCCAGCGGGCCUGAACACGCUGCAGAAGGGCCAACUGCUGCACGAGGGCAAGAACAAGAACACGCUGCGUGUGUCGGAGAAGACGUGGGAGUCACGGCGCAUCAAGGAGGAGAUGCAGGAGAUUCUGUCCCCAACACCACUGGAGCUCCUCAAGGUUACUGUGAUGAAGGAUCCUGAGCGAGAUGACUUUGGCUUCAGUGUGUCCGACGGCUUCCUGGAGAAAGGCGUUUAUGUAAACAUGAUCCGACCCGACGGUCCUGCUGACCGCUCAGGACUCAAACCGUUCGAUCGCAUCCUCCAGGUGAACCACGUGCGUACGAGGGAUUUUGACUGCUGCCUGGCGGUGCCCCUCAUCACUGAGGCAGGUGACAAGCUGGAGCUGGUGAUCAGCCGUAACCCGCUGGCACAGACCUCGCCGACACUGCCGCACGACUGCCACGAGCUGCCCUCCAACAUGGUGCCCCACGGCCGGGAGCACCUGCACCACACGAGCACCAUGGACCUGUGACGACACCGAUGAUGAUGUCGCAUACGACUUCACGUCAUCCCCGGGAAAGAGACAAUUCAGGACAUUCAGACUCUCCUGAGGGGAGCAAUGCCAUUGGUCCACUGCUGUCUGAGCCCCUGGCUACAGGAUCAUCCACACUGGGAAAACUAGGCCUAAAAAAAAAUCCUUAAAAGUGUAGUCCUUGAUGCUGGUGAAAGACUGUUGAUAUUUAAACUCAACAGCCAAUCAAAUACACCCUUCCCCUCAGUGCUCCUGAACCGCUCCUUGUUGUUGAUUGGCUGGAAAAGUGUAUCGCUUGGUCCAAGGCACUUUGUUUCCCAUUUACAGAGCCAGGACUGUGCACAAACAUGGACGGACUGAGAAAUACAGGUAGAAUUUUACUGAAUUUGACAAAAAAGUGCAAUGGAUCUUAAUCAAGGACUACACCUUCAACUACACAUGGGUGUCAAUAGAGGAUCGCCAAUGCCUUGAGUACCCUGAUAACGGUUUACACUGGAACAGACCUAGAUCAGGGGCAAAUCUACGCCAGAUCUAGGCGCUAUCCUGGUAGUUGUGUUCAGGAAAUUGCCAUGACUGCAUAAAGUCGCCAGUUGCCAUGACUACUGUAAUGUUCUGAACUUUGUCAAAAGGUUUCGCAAACCUGCAUACCAAGGGGUAAAUUGAGUUUCAUUUCACUGUUGGAAUAUUUUUGGAAGUUUGCGUUCCACUUUAUCUAGGAUUGGACUAGAACUCGUCCAGUUUAACCCCAAGAGUUUCAAAGCAUGGUGUAUACCUGUAGCUGCUGUUUGUGUGAAGUGUUUUCAUUUCAGCCAGUGAUGUGGAACCGUCUCAUCCUGCACAGAAGUUGCUAUUCACGGUCCAGGGUAGUUGCCAUGAUAAGAAGCGGUUAUUUAGGACCCUUUCUUUACAUAUCCAAAAACACAGCCCUUUCGUCCCAUCUGAAAAUACUGCAAAAAUAGAGGGGUAGAGAAAAGAGUAGUCAUGUUUUGUUUGGAGGGUUUCUGUCUUUAUGUCAUCGGUGUUACAUUUUGGGAGGCGUUUCAACUUGCUUCAAGGACACAAACCGAAAUAUUUUCUUUGAGUUUUAAUCUGGCUUGUUUAAAGAAGGGAAUGUUCUGUUAAAAGGGUCCACACAGUCCUGUUACACACACACACACACCCAGAAAACGGACAGAGAACAGUAGAGAACAAAAGCAGACACAGGCGGCCUGCUGUUUCACAGAGGGGUCAGGCACAACGUAACAAUAUGUCCUCUUUGAUUUCUCAGCCGAGACUAAACCUCUCUCAUCAGGACUCAGCACACUGAGGUUGUGUGUGUGUGUGUGUGUGUUUG